AUGGCUGAUACAGGUGAGAUUUUCGCCAAUCCUCUGCAUUCUCUCUGCAACCUUUUGCCCACGAUCCACGUCCUUUCUCCGGAGACUGCAAGCCAUGUUGGGCCCCCGAUCCUGGCUCCUCCAUUUUUUGCCGAAGAUGUCGCCUUAGAGCCACGGUCGAUCCCGCACACCACAAUAUCCAAGAGCAGAUUUCGAAAUCUACCAGAUGAAUGGGAGAAACACAUCUGCCCAAAGGAGGUUCUUUGCCAAGAGCUUCUUGUCACGGCAAAUAAUCCCAAAACGAUGUGUCCAUUGCUGGGUGAUGAGCCUGCGAUACGAGGCAGUUCGAUCAGCGCUGUCCGCCGCGCACGCCCGGCCGAUUUUUUACGUCGCCUGGCCGAGGCCAGAGCUGCAGAGAGCUCGGUCCAAGAGGUCCAGGCUUUUGCUAUCAUCACAAUCAUCAAGACUGGCGGUGCUCUUCAAAGAGGCCGUCGUGGCUCCAGCGGCCAUGGCUCUGCCAACGGUGUUCGGGGACGAGAUGGUGGCUGGCGGACGGUAGAUCGAGAGGGAGGAGACAUUGACCGAUUUCCCAUACAAAUGAAUUUUGCGGAAAAUGGGAAUUGGACCACGAGCCCAAAUGUCACUCCCAGUCGACCCGGUGAGGAGCGUCCUCCUUCAAAGAACGGCAAGGAAAAUUUGCCCCCUUCCCAAGCAAAUACAGACGACUGUUAUCUUAAUGAUCGCGGUAUUGGAGACUCUUGA